UUCCGCCCACCUCCCUCCUCGAUCUGUCCCGACGAGCGAACCCACCCCCCCUCCUCCUCCCCCAAAUCGCCUCCAAUUCCUCCCCUCCUCUCUCUCGCAGUAGUGUAUAGCCGAGCACAUCACAACAUCACCAUACCAUCACCACCGGCAACCCUCAAUAGUCGCAGGUGACAGGCAUACGUGGGUGCGCACUCCGGCGUUGUUAUCGUACACAGCUAUUGUUGUGAGUUAUAUAUGCACACGGCAGUAUAUAUAUAUACGCAUCACUGUGGUGUUCGCUGUGCUGCGUGCUCAUUGAGAGACUGGGUCUGCCACGGAAAGAAGAGGGAGGAAAAAGAAGGAAAUCUGCGCUGCUGAUUUUGCUCAAUUGAAGGGAUCGAUUGACUGCACGGCUCGGCAGAGGGAACAAACUGAUCCGUCCAUCGCGACUGCUCCGAUUUCUCAACGGAUUCACAAUUUCAGGCGACACGGGAUUGGUGGCUAAAUGCAGCAGAAGGUGGCAGUGGCUGCGGCUCUCCAGUGCGUGUGAACUACAGAGAGCUCGGGGUGGCAUGAAUGGUAGGACAUAGAGCUCUACCAAGUACAGGCCAUGGCACCACGCAAGCGAGCACGGGGGCUGUGGUGUCUGCUGUGCUGCUUCGACGGGUGCCAGAGGGACGAGCCCCCACAGAUCACACAUGGCCUCACGCUGCACCGUGACCACGUCUCCUCCAUCCAUGCCCUGGAGGCCCCCAUGCCCAUGCCUUCUCAGGAGGAGCUGGACAUGCGUUUCUCCGAGCUUGUGGAUGAGCUGGACCUCCCAGAGAAGCACCGUGAGGCCAUGUUCGCCCUGCCUGCAGAGAAGAAGUGGCAGAUCUACUGCAGCAAGAAACAGGAACAGGAUGACCCGAAUAGACAGGCGACGAGCUGGCCCGACUACUACAUCGAUCGCCUUAACCAGAUGGCAACGAUGCAGUCCAUGUUUGCGUACAACCAGGAGGAGGUGGAGACACGCAACAAGACGGUGGAGGGCCUGAAGACUGCUCUGCGCACCCAGCCCAUGAGGUUCGUGACGCGCUUCAUCGAGCUGGAUGGCCUCUCCUGCCUCCUGAACUUUCUCAAGAAAAUGGACUAUGAGACGGCCGAGAGCCAGAUCCACACAUCGGUCAUCGGCUGCAUCAAGGCCCUGAUGAACAACUCACAGGGCAGGGCGCACGUGCUCGCGCACCCCGAGAGCAUCAACGUGAUCUCGCAGAGCCUGAGCUCGGAGAACGUGCGCACCAAGGUGGCGGUGCUGGAGAUCUUGGGCGCCGUGUGCCUUGUGCCAGGCGGCCACCGCAAGGUGCUGCAGGCCAUGCUGCACUACCAGCAGCACGCCGCCGAGAGGACGCGGUUCCAGACACUGAUCACCGAACUGGACAGAAACACAGGGAAGUACCGUGACGAGGUCAGCCUGAAAACAGCCAUCAUGUCCUUCAUCAACGCCAUCCUCAACGCUGGAACGGGACAGGAAAACAUGGAGUUCCGAGUUCAUCUCAGAUACGAGUUUUUAAUGUUGGGGAUCCAGUCGUUGGUUGACAAGCUGAGGUCACAUGAAAAUGCCACUUUGGACCGACAUUUGGACUUCUUCGAGAUGAUCCGGAACGAGGAUGAAGCCGAGCUGGCCAAGCGAUUUGACAUGAUGCACAUCGACACGAAGAGUGCCGGGCAAAUGUUCGACGUCAUCAAGCGGAAGCUGAAGUUCACGGAGGCGUACCCACACCUCAUGUCCAUCCUCUACCACUGCCUGCACAUGCCAUACAAGAAGAGCAGUGUGAUGGUGCAGCACUGGCAGCUGCUCGACCGCAUCCUGCAGCAGAUCGUCCUGCAGAGUGAGCGUGGAGACGACCUCGACGUCGCCCCCCUGGAGAAUUUCAACGUCAAGAACAUCGUCCGCAUGUUGGUGAAUGAAAACGAAGUCAAACAGUGGAAAGAACAAGCUGAAAAAAUGCGAAAAGAGCACAGCGAGCUGUUGGGCCGUCUGGAGAAGAAGGAGCGGGAGUGCGAGGCGAAGACGCAGGAGAAGGAGGACAUGAUGAAGACGCUGAACAAGAUGAAGGAGAAGCUGCAGCGCGAGUCUCAGGAGCUGCGCGUCGCUCGCGAGCAGACGGCGGCCCUGAGCGCCAAGCUGCAGGAGAUGGGGCACACGGGCAUCAUCACGGGCCCGCUCCCCAGCCUUGCUGCACCCCCGGCUCCUCCGCCGCUCAUGGGGAUUCCACUUCCACCUCCCUUCCCUGGCAUGGGGGCGCCACCACCGCCCCCACCCCCACCGGGGGCACCUCCGCUCCCCCCGGGGCCCCCUCCACUCGGCAUGAACUUUGCAGUGGCCCCAGCGGCACCCGUCCUCAAAAAGAAGAACAUUCCCCAGCCAGCCAACCCGCUCAAGUCCUUCAACUGGGCCAAGCUGCCAGAGAACAAAAUUGAUGGCACAAUAUGGAGUGAGCUGGACGACCAGCGAGCGUUCCGAGUUCUGGACCUCCAGGACAUUGAGAGGGUAUUCUCGGCCUACCAACGGCAACAGGACCUGCUGCCCUUCAAUAAUCUGAAACAGAAGGAAUUGGGUUCAACCGAGGACCUUCACCACGGCAACAAGAGAGCCAAAGAACUGUCCGUCAUCGACGGACGCCGGGCUCAGAACUGUGUCAUCUUGCUCUCCAAGCUGAAGAUGUCCAAUGAGGAGAUAAAGCGAGCGCUGAUGAGGAUGGACGAGCAAGAGGAACUGCCCAAAGAUAUGCUGGAGCAGCUGCUCAAGUUUGUGCCGGAGAAGAGCGAUGUGGACGUGCUGGAGGAGCACCGGCACGAGAUCGAGCGCAUGGCCCGCGCCGACCGCUUUCUCUUUGACAUGAGCAGGAUUCCUCAUUACCAGCAACGGUUACAGGCGCUUUUCUUCAAGAAGAAGUUUGCCGAGCGACUUGGGGAGUGCAAGCCGAAGGUGGAAGCCAUCCUGUUGGCAUCACGCGAGGUGUCAAGAAGCCGGCGCCUCCGGCAGCUGCUGGAGCUGGUACUGGCGCUGGGGAACUACAUGAACAAGGGCCAGCGAGGCAACGCCUACGGAUUCAAGAUUUCGAGCCUCAACAAGAUCGCCGACACCAAGUCCAGCACCGACAAGAACAUCAACCUGCUGCACUACCUCAUCAUCGUGGUGGAGAAGAAGUUCCCGGACGUGCUGGGCAUAUCUGAUGACCUGCAGCACGUGCCCGAGGCCGCCAAAGUCAACCUGACGGAGAUGGAGAAGGAGAUCAACAACAUCAAGAUUGGGCUGAAAGCCGUGGAAGCUGAGCUGGAGUUCCAACGGACGCACGCCUCGGCCAUCGGCGAUCGCUUCAUCUCCGUCAUGAGUGACUUCAUCACUGUGGCAAGCUUCAGCUUCUCCGAGCUGGAGGAUCUGCUGACUGAGGCCAGGGAGAAGUUCAACAAGUCGGUGUCACACUUUGGAGAGGAGGGAGGGCGCACGCAGCCCGAGGAGUUCUUCGGAACGUUCGACGCGUUCCUGUCGGCGUUUGGCGACUCCCGACUGGAGCUGGAGGCCAUGCGGCGUCGCAAGGAGGAGGAGGAGCGGCGCGCGCGGGUGGAGGCGCAGCUGAAGGAGCAGCGUGAGCGGGAGCGGAGAGCCAAGAAAGCGCGGCAGGGCUCAACUGAGGAGGGCGGCGAGUUCGACGACCUGGUGUCGGCAUUGCGCUCCGGCGAGGUCUUCGACAAGGACCUCUCCAAGCUGAAGCGCAACCGCAAGCGCUCGGGGAACAUCCUUCUGGAUGCAAGCAGGGAGAGGCCUUUGGCCAAGCUCAGCUAAAGCUUGCUGCUAAGCUGAGUGAGGCGGUGAAUGUUAUGGGUGGGAUGAGCAAACAAAGGAAGCCUGCUGGCUUUAGCAGAUUGACAAGGUGGGGCAUGAGUGAACUGGAGGUUGAAGAGUGGAUAAAUAACUUUUCGAUGUAAAGAAUGAACCUGCAAGUCUGCCCAAGGCUGGCCUUUGAAAUGAUUGCAAGAGAAUCCCUGGAAACAGCAGCCAGGGAUGAUUUUUGAAAUGAGAACUGAAGAUGAAGCUGCAGGAAGGAAUGGCCCAAUUGCUGUCUAAUGUAAUCACCACCCUUUACCAAUUCCUCUCACCCACCCUUCCAACUUAAGGUGAUGGGUGGUUGGAUGCUGGACAUAUAUGACCAUGCUGCAGAAAAAGAUCUUCAAAAAGGACACUUGAAAAUUGAUGGGAGGAUAUUGGCCGGCAGUAUUUGCAACACAAACAAUGAGCACAAAGAUACUGUUGUACAUCACUGCCUUUCAACGACACCCCGCUAACGCAAGUCUCAUUGUAUGCAUGAGCUCAGCCAAGACAUUUCGCCAAAUCCAAUAGCCAUUUGUGUAGCUUUGUACGUAAAGAAACCAGCGCCACGGUCUUCAUCUGAUAAGAGACUUGAUUUGUUUAAACUGGGCAAGUACGACGACUCCCGAAACAACAAAAGCAAGAUGCGAUUUGCACGCAUAAAUAAAUAAAGUACAAUAGAACGUUCCUCAAGUUUGUGGGCAAAAUUCAAGCUUCAUUUCCACAAGGUUGCCAGCACGUCAGUCUGCAUCAGGAAGGUUGCUCUUCACUGGUCCCACCGUCGACCACAGGACACUGUUAGCAUUAAUUAAUUUUGGAAGCAAAUUGACCCUCACUGUAAGGAGUCAAGUGUUUUCAUUUAAGUCAUCGCCACUUUAUUACAUUUUACACCAAAGAACUUUUGAAAGGAUCAGUGUAUUGGAAGUAAGCGUACAGUAGUUGAAUUGACAAUGUUAUGUUCUCUAUGAAAAAUAAUAUUUAUCUGCUAAAAGUAUUUUAAGAGCUAAAGCAUUAGAAGGAUAACACUUUAUUUAAAAAAGUGUGAAAGCCAUGAAGAGAAGCCUUUGCACAAGGCCUCAACAAAGCUGUUGGUUAACUCCAUUUCACAUGGGGCGCAUGCUUUUUUGUCUGUUACAUUUCCAUGAAUGAGCAGGUGCAUCCAGAGGUAAUUGCUAUUUCUCAAUCAAAAAAGGUGGCAUAGGUGGUGUGUAAACAUUUUCAUUCGAUAACAAGAUAUUCACAAACAUGUAUAUGUGCUAUGACAAGGGCUAGAAUGUGCAUACCUCCAGCAUUGAAUGGAGUAUUUGUUGACAGCAAUUCUAUAAGAUUUACAUAGUUUUUCUCCUGGUGCACAGGAGAUUAUAUUUAAAAUUUCAAACCCGGAUUGCAAAUGGACUUUGGUGUUGUGGAACCGAUGCCACAACAAGUGGGUCAAGAAUAGCCUAUUUAGGUGUAUGUGCCAUGUCUGCUUUCUUGGGGAAAAAUACAUCUGACAUAAAACAAUAAAAGGCAUCACUUGGCUUGAGGAAUAUGCUCAAGACAGUCUUGGAUGCAAGGCUGGGAUCCAAGACACCGAGGUCGAGCCCGAAAGCCACAAGGCCGAGGUCAAGGCCAGGAGCCUUUUAGGUUGAGGCUGGUAUCAAGGCCAGAUCCUCUUGGCGGAUGCCAGUGUCAAGACAAGUCCUGGGACCGAGGCCACACCACCGAGGCCAAGGUCACUUCACUCGUUUGGGCUGCACAGCAACAUUGCUCCACCGCUCACUCAUCUCGCAUCUCAGGAUUUGAGAAGCCUGGAAAUCUGUUUCGAGAGUGAUAAUAAAUACUGUCAAAUUAAUGUUCUAAAGGUACUGGAUUUACCUGAGCUAAAGUGCACUCUUAAGAAGGUUUUUUUUCUUUAAAGUUUGUAUGUAAAGUGCGUGAAUCUCAAUUUAUUUUAAAUUUUUGUAUAAUCAGUGCAUUUAGAACACACAUUGAAAUAGUUUUUAUUUUUUCAACAUAAUUUGUAUGUUUGAGUGUAUAUUUUUCUGCAGCGAUGUCAACAUUCUCGAUACAAAGAUGUUUUCCUUAAGCAUUGUAGUGGAUAGUGGUAGUUGGUGAGCGUGGACUAGCCUAAUGGUGCCUUUUGUGUCACUGUGUAUACACAUAGCCAAACGCACGCACGCACUGCACGCACGCACAACGGAGAAUUAAGGAAUAGUAAGUGCCUGUCUUCGUUUAACGACCACCAAAUUUACAAUUAUUGAUUGCAACACAACUUAGCAGGAGGCAAAAAAAUACCAUGGUUGCAACAAACAUUUGGAAAAUGACAGCAUCUGAAAUAUACAUUGGCAAACGGUGAACAAAAACACAACGUUAAAUUUAUGAUGUUCAUAACUCACGUAAAUAAUGGUCUUAAUGGAAAUGGCACAAGGAAUGCUUCGAGGCGUGCCCUUAUCUCCGCCGAAAGGGUGCUUUGACUUCCUGAAAGCUCGCGCAUGUGUUCCUAUUUUCAUUUCAUUAAGGGCAGUGACAUAUGCCGCAGAGGAAGAACGUGAUUGAAUUUUGCGUUAACUCCGUGUCGAGCUGGCUCGGCCGACAGAAUGCGAGCAUGUGGAGAAUGAUAACGAUCUCUGUCCAAUAUCUUGUAUUCAUCUUUCCAACCACAGCACUUACAACACGGAGCCAUAUGCGUGUUGUGUGCUUAGCACGCUUUUUCAUGUUGGAUCAAGAAGAUGCUUCUUUGCCAAAUAGUAAUUCAGCAUUUUCACUCGCAGUGAAAGCUAUGGCCAGUUAUUUUCAGUUUUAAGGUUGAAAAUAAUGCCUUCAAAUCAAUUAUAUAUAUGUCAUAACUACGAAAUUCUUCAAAUAAGUAUAUUUUUUAUGAUAUUCGGAGCAUUGCAUGAAACAAGAGUGCAGACAACUCACAUUUGCCAAAAUGUGAAAGGCAGAUGGACGUGUGAAUUAUUAAAUUAUAUCCUUAAUUUAGAAAUGUUACUUAAAUGCCGAGUUAUGACAAGCUGUUAAAAAUUGUGUUCAUUAUUGCAUACUCGUUGGAAAGGUAACAAUUCGACUCAAUAUUAAAUGGAUAAAAUGUAUUAACAUAACUUGAAAAUUCAUUAGAAGAUUCAUAGUACUCGAAGACACGUUCAGUCGACAAGUUUCGUCUUUGUGCAUUUUUUUAUACAGUAUUGUUUUAAUCAGUAUUUUAAAAAAAUAUGUGUCGAAUGAAUUUCAACUUGUCUUCACGCUCAAAUGGAGAUACGCCAUUUUGUUGACUGGCUGUCGUUAAAUAAGAACAGUAUUACAAUAAUUACAUACACACGUAAUCCUAAUUGUGCACAUAUAUGUAAUGUAUAACAAACAUAAUAUCGUGACAUUUCAAAGUCAGAAAGAAGUGUAACUUUGACAGGCUCGUGUCAGGCCUGGUGGAUUUUUUUGUCACUAAUAGCAAACGCUUCUUAUUGCAUCCAAAGAUAAUAAAAAAUACAUUUAAACCAUACGUGAGGUCUAAACAUUCAAACAUAAUUUCAGAUCUCAUAGGGAUCGCAUUUCUCAUGGAUUAUAUUUCAGCCCCCCCCCCCCCGAAAAUCCCUGACUCCUGACAGUCACUAAGGGGGGUGUGGUGGACACCUCAAGCUAAAUCAAUCCCUGGACCUCAUGAUAACUUAAACUCACAGUUCACACAUUAUCUUUGUUAAAAUGUCAUCUUUUUUUGGUGCUGACUGGAGAAAUCACAUCACUUGGGCUUAUUACAAAGUGCAAAGUCAAGAUUUGGCUUUGUGCACUGCAUUCAUGCAUAAAGCAAAAUGAUCGCAGUGCGUUGGUAUUGUUGAUCCUGGGACACUUUGGUGGUAAAAUUCACUCUUUUCAUCGUUGACGUUGAUCUGUGCAUGUGGCAAUGUUUUCCCCCCACUGUGUUGACAGACUGUCAUCUGCAGUGGCUCGGUCUACAGUGCACCACUUUGCAGUGCCAAGCCACCUUGAGUAAACACAGGCCUGAAUGGUGCUUUGUUCAUGCACAAGUUGAGCUUUCGGAUUAUCCAGCACUUCAGGACACUCUCCCUUUCUUGCAUAAUGUUGUCAUCUGACGUUGGGUAAAUGUUGCUCAGCUGAGUGAUCGUCGUAAAAUUAGACCUUUUAACAUUGGAUACUGCAAGCUUCGGAUAGUCCUGAGUUUUGGAUAAUCCUUGUUCUUAUACAGUUCAUGUGUACAGAGGACAACCCCACUCCUGGCAUUGAGAAGAAUGACUGCGGCGCUGGUGUUGGGCUGUCGUAUUUCUACUUAAUGUAUGAAAAUCCUCAAACCAUGUGUUGUCCACGUUUUAGGCUCAGAGGCGCGUAAAAGGGGCUCAAACUUGUCAUAAUAAGACCAAACUGCUGCAAGUAAUGGAUGCAUCUAUAAGCACACAUUGUGAAUAGCUUUGCGUUUUAUCAGACACAUUUGCAUGACACUUUGGACGUUAAAAUUAAUAUGCUUGUUAUUAAAGUGUUGUAGUCUACACAGAACAAAAACAGUGGCUUCCAGCCAGACUGGCUUUCGUGAAAGUCUGGUUUGAACAAAAAUGUUCGUAGCAUUUUACCUUUGGUUAAAAAGGUUAUUUAAAUGUUACGCUUUUGACUUAAAAUGAUAUAUAAACUGCCUUGCUCUGUAUUUUACAAGUUUAUUAUCUAGCAAAUUUAGAUUUUCGUAUUUGAUCGCCUUUGUAAAUAUCACACUGUUAUUUAACGCACUUAAGGCACAGAAGCCUAAACUCCCGUCAGCUUAAUAAAGCCCUUGUACACAAUUCAACUGUGGCUGCCUGUCACAUUUUUG